GUAGAAGGGAAAAUUAAAGCUGAAAUGAGUUUAGAGAAGACGUCGGCAGCCCAACCUGCUAUACUAGUAGGUGUGCCAUCAUCCACAAAAUUAGAGGGCGAGUCGAUGAUUAUAGACGUCGUUUCUAUGGUAUCUGAAACUAAGUCAUCGUCCGCGUGUUGCUCGCGAUCCCGAUGUUGUACUUUCAAAAUGAAGAUCUUUUGGAGUGUGUUCACGUUCUUUUUCGUUGCGCUAGCAGUCGUUCUUGGUGUUGCUCUAGACGCUGUUCUAGCUCAGCCUGAGACAAUCGAAGUGAAUUUUGUUCAGGUAAACGCCAAUGAAGAGCUUCCAACUGCUGAAGCAGAGUUUGUGUUGCUCGUUUCCAGCACCAUGAGCAAGUUCGAACCCACGGGCAUCAAUUGCAACAUAGAACAGUCGGGAUGGGUAUAUGCAGAUAUUACAAUGACGGCCGAAAACACGUAUAUUCUCAAUGGUACUAUUUCCAAAGAGGACUCCGAGUUGCAUGCGGCUCUGAUCUGGGAUGUGCUCAUGGGGCAGAGGGACGUUGGGUAUUACUGGUGUGAGGUUGAGUUGUCCGUGCUUCUUGGUCACUUAAUACCGUUGACGGCUUAUCGGGCAUUUGAUUCAAACAACUAUGAUUUGGGAAUAUCGUCAACUGACCCAGAAGCUGCCCUAGCAGCUGCCCCAGCAGCUACGGAAUCGGUCAAUGAAGAAUCCACAAAAUCCGAGAGCGGUACAGAAAACGAGGAAGGGAGACAAGACCGGUUAGUAGUGGUAAACAUCGACGAAACGAUAGAACUUAACGUGGGUGUGGACAUGCCUGUUAUGGCUUUCCCAGUGCAUCUGGUUUUACCCCCAGUGGUCAUCUCGGCGCAAACAAACGCGAGUGACCAGGCCGUUGUUACUUUUAACGGUAUGGAUCGAAAGCUGGAUGCGUUCAGUUACAUACCCGUUAGCGCAAGCUGUAAAGGCGACUGUGCGUGGUACAAACCACUCAUAGACGUUGUGACUGGUGCAGAUGGCACUUUGGAGAUCACGGUGGAUGGAAAUUCGAGUUUCUUAGAAGUGUUGUUGGGAAGAUAUCACGAAAUUAAGGUCUCGCACGAUACUGCCGAAACAGCUCGUAGCACAAACGCCAGGCGACAGGCAAGUAAUAUCUCGACUGGUGCAAAGUUAGAUUGUUUGCGCGUAGAGGGUAGUGACAUUGCGCUGUCGGCGUGUCUGAAUCUUCUGGCUACGAGCGGGCUGGAAGCCUAUGCGACGGUCGGAGUGUACGAUUUCGAGGCAAGUGCUAGGGCAGAUGCGUCGUGGAGAUCGCUCGAAAUGGGCUAUGGAGUGGAAGCUGUAGCCACAGCUAAAGUGAGUAUCGGAGAUAGCGAUGAGAUGGACCUGAAGGGUAAUGCGAAGAUAGAUUGGACGGAGGAUGUAACAGUUAACGUUGUGGUGACCAAUGAUGCAGGUGCGUGGCCGUUGGAAGCCAUACUACAGGGUUCGGGUAAGAUUGAUGGUGAUGUAUUGACGGUCAAUAUGCCAGUGGCUACCCUGACAUUCCAGAAUAAUCAGAUGGUAAAUGCGAUUGGAGAGGGUGUAAUAGAUGGAGACAAACAAAUUUUUACUGCAUUUAUCCUGGACCCCAACCUUCAGGCAAAAAUGGAUGGUAAGCUAAUAGACAAGAGAGUGAUGGGGUCUGCUUCGCUAACGUUUAACGGCGACGACAUCACAGAGAUGGAACUGAGUGCCGAAGUAGUUACGGUAGAGGAAGGUGGCAAUUUUAUCUUCGACAUCAAGGACAAAGGAUUGUUGGAUUUUGAGUUGUCUGGAAAGGGUGAUCUAAAUUGGAGCGAAAACAAACUAGUGGGCUCUGUACGGGACUUGUGGUUCAGGCUAGAGGGUACACGCUACGUUGAUGCGGAUGGGGACCUUAUGAUUGAUAUGGAGACCAGGGAGGUGUCUAUCGCCGUUGUCGACGAGACUGUGGAUACAGAUUAUUCGUUCAGAGCCCAGCUGAUAGGGGCAUGGCGGAAUGACGAGUUUGGGUUCGGCGGAUAUAUGUCGAAGGCCGACUUUUCUAUUAAUAAGAAGCCGUACGUGGCCUCUACCGCAUCUUUCAGCUACCAAUACCCUUUGAGCAGCGACAGAUCAAAUAUUCUGUUGUGGGUGGAAUCGAAGGAAGAGGCCCAGUUCCAGGUUUCCUCGGACAUGCGUUUUGAUUGGAUUGUUGAUACCGAAGAGUUGAAAACGGACUCUGCCACUGUGGUAAUAGGCUAUGGGUCAAAAACCUACGUGGAUGCAAUGGUCGACGUGUAUGUGGGCAUUCAAGCUACAUUAGUCACUAUCUCUGCUGUAGAUACAUAUGAUACAGACGGCCAAGGUUUCGAACUUAAGUUGAGGGGCAGUUGGGAGGAGGACGCUGAUCUAAGAGUAUCGGGGGAGGUGGAGACACUGCGCGUGGUUAUGGACGGAGAGGAAUAUUUACAGGCCUUUGGGGACAUGACUGUGGAUAUGUCUGACACCAGUAUGAGUUGUUCAAUGGAAGAAAAAGUGUCUAAUUCACGCAUAUUGAUAGUAGACGCUGGCUUGAAUGUCAAAGAAUAUGUUUCUACUAGUGGUUCCUACUGUGAUGGGAUAGGCGAGGCAAUUCAAUACGAGUAUUGUGCAAAUAGUCCUGAGUGGUGCUCUCCUGGUAAUGAUGUUUAUUAUCCAGAUGGUUAUCGUUGCGCUGGUGAGUGGGAACAGAUGGACGUAUUUGCUCGUGGAGUUUAUUUUGUCUUCUCGGGAGACAGAUGGGUUGAUGGCGAAAUGAAUUUCAUGAUGAAUUUUUUUGAUCGGCUUAUUAAGCUUGCGGUGUCAAAUGACACGCCUAAACUUUACAUUGAUACUGAUAUCAGUAUUGACUACAACUAAUUUAAUAUUAAUCUCGGUGAAAAGAGCUGUAAACAGGCACUAUAAUACAUCCAGACAACGGAUUUUAAAAGCAAAUACUUUCUUUUACUUAUGAUGCAUAAAAAAC